GGCGCCAAAUUCAAACUUCAAAUUAACGGAAUGAGUCUACGCAAACCGAAGGAUAAAGAUAAAGUGAAGGGCCUGCCCCAGAGAAAAUCUAUGGCGGGGCCCACCUUGCUGAGCACCUUCACCCAACCGGGGGCUAUCAGGAAAAGCAUAGCUGUUGACACGCUGGGGAAGCUAGGGGGUACUUCUUUCGAACCCGAAACUGAAACCCUCAACAUCCAACACACGUUACCCUUCAAGGACUACACGGCCUUAGAGGGAAGGAUUAAAAUGCUAUCAGUAACCGACAUCGGUAAAGAAAUCUUGUGCUGUAAAUACAACGAAGUGUUCGACUACAUCGCAGCGGGUUGUUCCGACGGCAGCAUCAUGAUGUACAGCGUCGACGGUACCUUCAGUUCUCGAUUUAUAGACGAAGACAUAGAAAAAUCAACCGCACCUGUGACAGCAAUACAACACCGUCCAGUCUCCAAAAGUUAUCCCAUCAACAACUGCUUCACCUGCACUUACGCUAAUGGUUACGUCAAGUCCUGGAACUACAACUUCGGCCAGUGUCUGUUCACAAUCAAAGAAAACAGGGAGACCUUUGGAAUCACCUACCACCCUCGAUACCCUAAGUUCGUGACCUACGGCGACGACUGCAAAAUCUAUCUUUACGAUGAGGAGAGCAAAACGCAGGAAAGGAUCCUUUCGAGCAGUAACAAUCCUAAGAUUCACGACGGCCACACGUCGAGGGUGUUCGCAGCUUGUUUUCACCCCCGAUCCAACUACGAGAUUCUUACAGGAGGGUGGGACGACGUGGUACACUACUGGGAUUUGAGGCAACCUCAUGCGAUCAGGCACUUGUCUGGUGUGCACAUGUGUGGAGAAGGAAUAGAUAUUAGUUAUAAAGGAACAGAAGUUUUGACGUGUGCCUUUCAGACUGAUAAACCUUUUCAAAUUUUUGAUUACGUCUCUGGGAAUAUGAUCGGUACUUUGGCGAAGACAGAACACAAUAGCAAGCUGUAUAUAGGGACCUACGCUUCUAAGGAUUUCGCGGUGUGUGGAGGAACUUCUCCGAAUCUUUUUAGGGUGAUAGAUUUGAGCACGUAUACGAGUGCCGCUUCUGUCCUGGGUCUGCCGUCUGCCGUCUACUCGCUGGACCUAGGGCCCCCGAAGAAGGGUGUGGCAGCGCAGCGCACCGACAUCGGAGGUUUGCCACAGAUGGCGUUCGUUUCGGCGAAAAAACUAUACCAAGUCGAUUUUACUUAAGAAUCGCUUUUUAUUGACAUGUUCAAGCGAUACAUUUUAUUUGAUUUAUACACGCUAUUGUACAAAAAAGAAACUAUCACACAAAUACACACAAAGCAAGAACA